CACACACACACACACACACACACACGCAGUCACACACACACACACACGCAGUCACAGAGAGACGCUCCAUCACAGUUAAGUCGGUCGGACUAGCUGCUGCCUGCCAGUCUGCCUGCUUUCCUAGACCCCACGCUCGCUGCGGGAUCGAUAGCGGCUUUUGUUUCAAUUGUCAAAUCAAGACCGAGACACGACCGCGCCUCGACGACCGAACUACAAACCGAACCUGCUCCACAUCCAGACUGAACUGAACUGAACAGAACCGAACCACUCGAUCGUGUGCGGGCUCUUCCCGAUUCCUGUCAUGUCUGCUCGCUAGAACUCCCCGAUCUCUAUGGUGCCACCCCGCUCUGAGACAUGGUCUCCCCUGCAGCUCUGUGUGUCUGCCUGCUUGCCUGGGGCCUGGGGUUGGGCUCUACCACUCCAGUUCCGGAGAGGGGAGCAGCUCCAGGUUUCCCCAUGUCCUUCCAGAGAGAGAUGAGCAGCCUAGGGACAGGACUUGAAGUGGCCUCUCCUGCAGACAGAGGGAACGAAACAGGAGAAAGGAGGGAGGAGAAAAAAUGCCUCAGGAGCGCUGCCGCCUCGCCCCCUGCUCCCCUGCUGGGAACAGGAUUUGGGGUUCUGUCAUUGAACCCCCAGAAGCCAGCCCUUGUUGUCAGUGCCUCAGAGGAGUCUGAGCAGCCCGGGACAGUGCAGCUUUGCUCUGGGAACCCAAGCCUAAGUGCUGUAGAACUGACAGCGUUGCCUGGAGACAUUGCUAGGCUACCAUCUUCCCCUAGCCCCGUUGCCAUGGGCACCACAAACGACACCCCAUUGGUCAAUCAGACUCCAGAAAGAGAGGGGGCGGCCCUGGAGCUCCUUACUGGAGGCAAAAAUGCAAAGAGAAGGGCGGAUGGAGAGAAGGCAGAGAGCGGAAAGGUGGAUGGAGUCACAGAGAAGCUGCCAGCCUCAGGAAGGGGCACAGUAGUGGAGCCUACAAGAGGGAGAGACUGGAGGAUGACUGAAAGCAGACUUUUGUCUCAGGGGCAGCGUCUCAAUAUAGGGGCUGGAGGGGCCCCUAGUGAGGCUGUUGGAGGCAACCAGGCUUGGGGGGUGAAUCCUACAGGGUUAGGCACAACCUCGAUACCUUCUAGUAUCACCGAAGCAGCAACCACAGGAGCAGUGAAACCCAGUGUGGUGACUGCAUCUCAGCACCCACCAAUGAGAGGGCCAGUGGAGUCCAACUGGGGCACAGCAAGACAGGCUGGAGCAGUCCAGCAGGGGGCAGAGUCCACACAGCGAGGGGGUGAGAUGGAAGAUGGAAUCCGAGCAAGUCCGGAACAUCCCGGGAAGACAGAGGAGGAGGAGGAGGAGGAGGAGGAGGAGGGACCAGGAGAUUGGGAAUCGGACAGGGAAUUGCUUCCGAAACCCAGGAAGACUGGGAAGAGUGAAAGGCUCAGGGGAGGAACAGCAGAACGGCAGAAGGAGAGAGCUGGGUCAGCAGAUGAAGUCCCAGGUGCGAGAGAUACCAAAACCGACGGUGUGCAGUGGGGCUGGAAAUCAGAAGAGAGCGAGGCUGGACUGAGGAACUCGACGCUGCUGAAGAUACAGCCUACACCAGACGAGACCAAGUCAUCUCAGACAGGCAGCGCAGUGCGACCCCCGUACCGGGGCGUAUCGGGUGUGAAGGACACCUUGGAUUCUCAAGGGUUCCUCGGGGAGUCUGGGAUCAGCCUGACACUCAGUCCCGAAUGGGGGCUAAUAUCCAGCUCUGCUGCCUCCCCCAACCCCACCGUGUCACAUCCCGGGACAGGGGGCCCCACACUGCAGGAGGCAGAUUCCUCUGCUCCGAACGGCGUGACAGAGGCUCACAAGAUCACUGCAGCAGGACUCCUCUCCAGUUCCACACAGGCCCCCCUGACUACAGUGGAGACAGCCACCCACUUCUCAAGAGAACCGACUCUAGCAGAAAAUCAGGGGACGGCUGUCUCACUACCCUUCGAAGGGGCCCCGCUGCCAUCAGAACCCUUAGUCUCAGUACCCCGUGAAAGGACCCCACAAGUAUCAGAGUCAACCAUCACUGUACCCCCUGAAGAGAUCUUAUCACAGUCACCUGACUCUGUACCCCCUGAAGAGAUCUUAUCACAGUCACCUGACUCUGUACCCCCUGAGGAGAUCUUAUCACAGUCACCUGACUCUGUACCCCCUGAAGAGAUCUCAUCACAGUCACCUGACUCUGUACCCCCUGAGGAGAUCUUAUCACAGUCAGCUGACUCUGUACCCCCUGAGGAGAUCUUAUCACCGUCACCUGACUCUGUACCCCCUGAAGAGAUCUUAUCACAGUCACCUGACUCUGUACCCCCUGAGGAGAUCUUAUCACCGUCACCUGACUCUGUACCCCCUGAAGAGAUCUUAUCACAGUCAGCUGACUCUGUACCCCCUGAGGAGAUCUUAUCACCGUCACCUGACUCUGUACCCCCUGAGGAGAUCUUAUCACCGUCACCUGACUCUGUACCCCCUGAAGAGAUCUCAUCACAGUCAGCUGACUCUGUACCCCCUGAGGAGAUCUCAUCACAGUCACCUGACUCUGUACCCCCUGAAGAGAUCUUAUCACAGUCAGCUGACUCUGUACCCCCUGAGGAGAUCUCAUCACAGUCAGCUGCCUCUGUACCCCCUGAGGGAGCUCCACUGGGUCCAGGCUGGCCAGACUCUGCAGACGAUCUAGACGAAGUCCCUCCCCUUCUCUCCGAAACCCCGCCUCCCGGAAUCUUUAACAUUUCAGAAACCCCGCCCCCCGGAACCUUUAAAAGUUCAGAAAAGCUGCCUCAUGGAAUGUUCAGAAAUCCCAAAACAGAAGAAUCUGGAACAUUUGGAAAUCCCCAAACCCCACCCUCCAGAAUCUUCACAUCAGAAACCCCGCCCCUGACAACCUUCCUGCCCCCAACGUCUGUCACCAUGGCAACUAGCCUGAUGUGGCCGCCCGCCGAGGCUGGGCUGGAUGAUCUGGAGAAACUGGAGUCUGAAGAGGAGCAUGAAGAUAAUAUCGAUGAGGAUGAAGACGAGGAGGAGGAGGAGGAGGAGGAAGAGGAGGAGGAGGAGGAGGAGUCCCCCGACUCUGAUGAAGCUGAGAGCGUGGAGGAGAGCGAGCCCCCGGGGGUCUCCACGGCCACCCCCUCGCACAGUCACACCCCCUUCCAUCUGCCAGCAGGGUCAGAGUGGGCACAACGAAACCAGGGGCUGGUGCGAAGCUGGGUGGAGACAGUUCGAGAUACGGCUGGCUAUGUCUCAGGGAUGCUGGCUCCAGUGGGGAUUGGUAUCGUGGGAGCUCUGUUCAUCCUCGGAGCGCUCUACAGCAUCAAGGUGAUGCACCGCAAGAGGAGGAGCGUCUUCAAGAGGCAGCGACGGAAGCACGGGGAGAUGAGCAACAGGCAGGACCGAGUGAUGCUAUUGGCCGACAGCUCAGAGGACGAGUUCUAAUCCCUCCCACAACCCCGCCCCCCUCCAGUCCCAUGUCUUGUCAGUGCCCCGCCCCUUGGAGGCAGCUCUCAUCUUCAUGACAUCAUUGAGAGAGCGCUGUGUUCAUCUUCACAAGAUACUGCAAUCCCUCCUUCCUCUCAAACUGGGGACAGAGAGAGAGAGGAGGGAGAAAAAGAGAGGAGUGAGACUGAACUAGGGAUGAGAGGUGGGAGUGAGACAGAGAAU